AUGGACAGUCUAUAUGCAAGAAGUGAAGAAACUUUCGCUAAGACAUUAAUAUCGAAUGUUCAGCUGGAUCGUUUAGUUUUAGCGUUAUCUGAAGUAACAAAAUUGGUAUCAUCAUCAAAAAUACCACCUUCCCUGCAACGCUGUAUUCUUAUCAGAGCUCUUCGGAUUUUAAAAUCUAUAGAGAAUCAGAAGAAUCUUCUAGAUGUCGGCUUUGCCAGAUGCAUUCCUCAUCCAUUCUGCAAGGAAAGAGGUAUUAUGACCUUAGGAGAACUAUGGGAAAUUCCGCUGGAACAUGAGUGGCUGUGCAACGAGUGUGGACGACCUCUUUACGAUAUUUUUGAAACAGUU